AUGCCGCAAAGGCUCCACCAGCCCGCAGGAAACAAACGCGCUCUGCUGGGCCCCGCCGGCCAGCACACGCCAGAAACGCAGAAAAAACGCGGCAACACCUCGGGCACCCUUCACCGCGCGCCACCAGCCGCAUCAACCCGCGGCCUCGCGCAUGCGCAUGCGCAUGCGCCGGGCCGGCCGGUGGCUGAGGUCUCCCCCGAGCGCGCCAGGCCGGAGCGCGGCCGCCGGAAGUCGCGCAGGAAGCGCCCCACGAAGGGCUCCCACGGAGGUCGUGACCCGGAAGUGGUCGCUCGCUCGGCCUCAGGGGGCCGGCCAGGCGAGGCGAAGCGAGGCGAGGCGCGGCCGGCCGGGCGCCAUGGCCGGGGGCGGCGGCCCCGCAGAGCGGGCCAGGGCGGGGCCCGCAGUGCAGGUUCCAACCUGAAGGAGUGGCUGAGAGAGCAGUUCUGUGACCAGCCACUGGAGCACUGUGAAGAUACACGGCUCCAUGAUGCAGCCCACGAAGGGAAUGUGCAGGCCCUGAGCAGCCUGCUGCAGGAUGAGCACUACCGGAGCCGAAUCAACGAGAAGUCCAUGUGGCAAGGUGGCUGGCUCCCCUGCACGCCCCUGCGCAUCGCCGCCACUGCAGGCCAUGGCAGCUGUGUGGACCUCCUGAUCCGGAAGGGGGCCGAGGUGGACCUGGUGGACGUGAAGGGCCAGACAGCGCUGUACAUGGCUGUGGUGAACGGGCACCUGGAGAGCACACGGCUCCUGCUGGAGGCCGGUGCUGACCCCAAUGGCAGCCGGCACCACUGCAGCACACCUGUGCACCACACUGUGCGGGUAGGCAGGGCUGACCUUCUGCAGGAGCUGCUCAGGUUUGGGGCUGACGUGGAUGUCAACCACCACCUGUCCUCCGACCUCCAGCCCUCUUUGUCCCGGCGCCUCACCUCUCUGGUGGUCUGCCCCCUGUACAUCAGCGCAGCCUACCACAACCUGCAGUGCUUCAAGUUGCUCCUCCAGGCUGGGGCAAACCCUGACUUCAACUGCAGUGGGCCUUUGAACACACAGAGCUUCCCCCGGAACACCCCAGGCUGUGUCAUGGAAGCUGUUCUGCAGCAUGGCUGCUCAGCUGCCUUCGUCCGCCUGCUCGUGGACUUCGGUGCCAACCUCAGCCUGGUCAAGUUGGACACUCUGGACCCUGAAUUGAGGGGCAGAAAGAAGGUGGACCCCGAGGCCCUGCAGGUCUUUAAGAAGGCAAGAAGUAUCCCCCGAAGCUUGCUGAACCUGAGCCGCAUGGCUGUGAGAAGAGCCCUGGGCAAGACCCGCCUCCACCUCAUUCCAGCACUGCCACUGCCUGUCCCCCUGAAGAAGUUCCUGCUCCAUGAGUAGUCCUGGCCUGGCAGGGGCAUCUGCAGAGAGUCACUCUAUGAGUAGAAUGAGUAGAGGGAUGAAUGCCUGGGGAGGGUGAUCUACUGUGGAGCAUAGAGCAUGUUGUAGCAAGUGAUUUCUUCUCUCCCUGGGGCCCAGCUGAGCUCCUUUGUUCUUCUAGAUUGUGACUUCUUCCCCAGGAGGGGAGGGAGGUGUCUCAUGUCUUCCUCCCCAUGUGUGUACAACUUGGCAAAUGGGCAUCUUUGUCUUUGCUCACAGGGGAUCCUAACACUUUGCAAAACUGUAAAAUCUGACUUCUUU